GCGGCGUUGAAGGCUUACGGUCUGCAGGCGGGAAGCACUGCUUGACUCGGUGCUUCUUCUUCUUAUAUACGCCUGUAUACCACUCACUACCGAUCCUUUCAAUCAAUCCCGGAUUUACUGCUGCUAAACAUCUUUUACGCUUGAGAACACGCUAUCGCUAUGGCUGAACAGAUUGGGAAGUGGUCCCCCGGGAUGUCUUAUGGCCCGGUGCUUACUCAGACGGACUUGUACCUCCUCAAGAGCGAGCUGCAGCUGCAUCCCGUGCUCACCGACUCGCACCCGACCUUCCAUCUCGUGUUCAAUCUCUCCACAGGCCAGACGGGCGGCUUCAACCCAGACGCGUCGGAUCGCGACCUGCCCUUCUCGUGCAAAGACGAGCCAGCGACGCUUCCGCGCGUGCAAGAGCUCAUCCUGAUCACCGAACACAGCCCGUGGUGCACCAUCGUCAAGAACGAGCGCGGCGUCACGCUGGGCGACAUCUGCGCCACCGUCUGGAAAGAGUACACAGAGAACUACGUCACGGACUCCGAGUUCGCGGCGCUGCCCCCGCGGCUGCAGGAGCACGUCCGAAGGACCGCGGCGCAUAACCAGCAUUCGCAGCAGGGCGGCGCGUGGAACCUGUAUUACUCGCCCGCGCCCACGAAUACGCGGAUGAGGCGCGUCGAUUGGCUGAGGGAGCGCGUAUUCUUCGAUAGUCUUGUCAAGAAUGACAGCUACUCUGUCUCGCGGCUCGGAUUCAAGGCGCCGAAUAUCUUUUGCAUGAAGCUAUCCAGCUAGAUUCCCACCUAUCGCGAUGGACUCUGGAACUUAUUCCGUUUGUACCAGAUAUCUACCUCCCUCUUGUUUCCACCGCAACGACCUCCAUGUAUCACUACUCCAGAUCUAUGUACCUAUAUCUACUACA